UCUGCAGACUUGCCCACUCAGCUGAGCUGUCAUCUUCAUCUGAUUGUUUCCUCCACGGUGUGCGUGUGUUGGCACUAACCUGGACUUCCCAACACCUAGUGCUUUUCAACAGACCAAACUAAGACUACAAUCUUUCAACUUCUAACUAAAAACCUUUGGGGGAUAACUGCUGAAGAAGACACUAAAUCGGCAGUGUCGGAGGUUGUCAAGAAAAUUAGGAUUUGGUAAGGGACUGAAAUCCGAUCUGUCUCAAGAUGGCUGCCAGCAUGGACACGGUAGACAUACUAGUUGUAGUUCUGUACUUCCUCCUGGUUCUCACCGUGGGGUUCCUGGCCAUGUGGAGAGCCAAUAGGAGCACAGUAAGCGGUUACUUCCUGGCUGGCCGUUCAAUGAACUGGGUGAUGAUCGGUGCAUCUCUGUUCGUCAGCAACAUCGGCAGUGAGCAUUUCAUCGGCCUGGCCGGUUCUGCAGCGGCCAGUGGUCUCGGUGUGUCCGCCUGGGAGCUGAACGCCCUGCUGUUGCUCCAGGUCCUGGGCUGGGUGUUCAUCCCCGUCUACAUCCACUCUGGUGUGUACACCAUGCCCGAGUACCUGGCCAAGCGCUUCGGAGGGAGACGUCUGAAGGUGUACUUCGCCGCCCUCACCCUGCUGCUCUACAUCUUCACCAAGCUCUCUGUAGACCUCUACUCCGGCGCGCUCUUCAUCCAGGAGUCUCUGGGGUGGGAUCUCUACCUGUCCAUCAUCCUCCUCAUCUCCACCACGGCCCUGAUGACCGUCACGGGCGGGCUGGCGGCCGUCAUCUACACAGACACGCUGCAGGCCAUCCUGAUGAUCUCAGGAGCCCUGUGGCUGGCUGUGCUCAGCCUGGACAAGGUGGGAGGGCUGGAGGGCGUGUGGACCAAGUACAUGCAAGCAACGCCAAACGUCACCGCCAUACUGCUGGCGUCGCCUAGCAACCUAACGUACUCUUCCUCCUGCCACAUCACCCCCAAACCCCAGUCUCUGAAGGUGCUGCGCGGGCCUCUGGACCCAGACAUGCCCUGGCCAGGCUUCAUCCUGGGGCAGACCCCAGCCUCCAUCUGGUACUGGUGUGCAGACCAGGUCAUCGUGCAGAGGGUUCUGGCCGCAAAGAACAUCGUCCACGCCAAAGGCUCCACCAUCAUGGCUGGCUUCCUCAAGAUCCUGCCCAUGUUCAUCAUGGUCAUCCCAGGGAUGAUCUCCCGGAUCCUGUUUGUGGAUCAGCUGGCGUGCAUCAGCCCUGAACACUGCCUGGAGGUGUGUGGGUCGAGGGCGGGCUGCACCAAUGUGGCCUACCCACGCCUGGUGAUGUCUGUGAUGCCCGUGGGCCUUCGUGGCCUCAUGAUGGCGGUGAUGAUCGCAGCUCUGAUGAGCGACCUGGACUCCAUCUUCAACUCUGCCAGCACCAUCUUCACCCUGGACAUCUACAAGAUGGCGCGGGAGCGGGCGUCGUCGCGGGAGCUAAUGAUGGUCGGCCGGGUGUGCGUGGUCGUCAUGGUGGUCAUCAGCAUCGCCUGGGUACCCGUCGUCGUGGAGAUGCAGCGGGGGCAGAUGUUCUACUACAUCCAGGAAGUGUCCGACUACCUGACCCCGCCCAUCGCCGCCAUCUUCCUCCUGGGAAUCCUCUGGCGCCGCUGCAACGAGAGAGGUGCAUUCUGGGGCGGCAUGGUGGGGUUUGUUCUGGGAGUGACGAGGCUGGCGCUGGCGUUCGUGUACCGAGAGCCUCUCUGUGACCAGCCGGACCAGCGGCCAGCGUUCAUGAAGAUCCACUUCAUGUACGUGGCUCUGGUUCUGUUCUGGGUGUCAGGGCUGGUGACGGUGGUGGUCAGUCUGAGCUCCCCUCCCCCCAGCGUGGAGCAGGUACGCACCUCCACCCUCUGGGGGCUGCGCCACAGACACGCCUCCUCCAGCACUGACAGCCCUGAGGAGGGGUGGAGCAGCCCUCGCAGCCGGGGGGACAAGAGCCCCGUCAGCGAGUCAUCCACAGGACACCACAACGGCACGCUCGCCAUCACCACACUCUUGGGUCAGAGCGGUAACGGUCACACCGGAAUGAUAAGGUGGGAGGGCCAGGAGAGGGAUGGAGGGGAGCAGCGCAGACAGCCCCCCCAGGAGAAGAGGCAGGUGGAGGACAUGCUCCUGGAGACCCCCAGAAGCAGGCUGCUCCUCAACCUGGCCAUGCUGCUCAUCAUCUCUGUGGGCUUCUUCUUGUUCAUCUACUUCUCUGUGUAGACAAGAUGUUCAUUUCAUUUGAACUCUUUAUCUCGUCAGAAUCAGAAGGUUAUUGGCAAGUAGGUUUACACUUACAAGGAAUUUUCCUGGGUAUAUUUGACAACUGUUUGGCAUAAAAAGUUUUAGAUACAGGGGAUAUGC